AUGACCUUAUACGGUUUUACCAACUUGGCCCCCUCCCUUCCCAUGCCCUCCUCCUUCCAUGCCUCCGCCAGGAACAUGUGCUGGCAGCUGCUGCCGGCUCCUCUGUCUUCCUUGUUGACAGACGAAAGGUGGGGGGAGAAGGGGAGGAAGGGAGAGAAGGUUGAGAAGUUGGGGGGAGGUAUGGGGGAGGGAAGGGGGGUGGGGGAGAAGUGGCAUGUGCUUGCAGCUGCUGCCGGCUCCUCUGUCUUCCUUGUUGACAGACGAAAGGUGCGGAGGGAAGAAAGGGCGAGAGAUGGAUGGGUGGGAGAAAAGGGGGGAGGGACCGGGAAAAGGGGGGGAAAGGAGGAGACUGUGGGGACAAGGGGGGGGCUGUUGGGGGAAGGGGCGGAUGUGAGGGGAAGGGGGAGAAACCAUGUGCUGCAGCUGCAUCAGAGUCGUCUGUCAUCAGCCUGGUCAACCACUCGCUACAUCGAACCCUCCGGGGUGUCCAUUGCUCGUUUCAUUUCACCCAUGCUCUACUCCUCUUUCCUCUUCUUCCCUCCACUUCCCUCCACUUCCCUCCUCUUCCCUCCUCGUCCCUCCACUUUCCUCCUCUUCCCUCCUCUUCCUUCCUCUUCCCUCUACUCCAUCCACACCAUGCAUGUCUGUGCGGCAGAUCUGCAGCUCCGUUCUGCUUUCCCUACGCAUCCCUUGUGUUCAUAG